AUGAUAUUGCUUUCACUUUUAAAUUAUUUAUUAUCAAUUUUAUUCGCGACCGCAGCAUUUUUCCUGAACUGCUACAUAUUGUUUUCAAUAUUUUAUCAAAAACGAAUACCAAUUAACCAAAGUAUGACAUUCAUCUAUUGGAAGUUUAGUGUAGACGUAGUUUAUACCUUGAAUUUAACGACAUUGAUGUUUUAUUAUCUCUUAAUUUCGCUUUCAGCUAAUUUUAUAAUUAAAAACUUAACAUUUUGGUUGGUUUGGGCAUCUACAUCAAUUGGAAGUAUGAGGUCGUUACUAGCACUUUUGAUAUCCUUUGAGAGAGUUCUUGCCACUUAUUUUCCAAUUUAUUUCCAUAAGUAUCGACAGAGAUUUCCUAACUUUAUAGUUCUUUUAAUAAUCGUAACUAGUGGAUUUUUCGACCAAUAUACACUAUUCGGAUACUGUGGAAAUGAUAUUGACACACCAUUGGAAUGCAAAGGUUUUUCAUGCGCUGUUAACACGUGUUAUUACUCAUACUAUUUCUCGAAUGAGCGAGUUGUUUGUUUUAUGAAUGGAGUAUUUUCACUCACUUUAUUUUUUCGAUUCUUUGUUUGGAAAUACGUUUCAAAAACUCAGACAAAUGAGAGGAUAUCCAGAGCCACGCGUAUUGCACUACUCGACUUUUUCAUAAUGAUAUUCUUCAAUAUCUUGGCUUCCUACAUUACCACUAUUUUCAACUUGCAAAAUGUUGGUCCACUGACAAUUGUUACGAAAACACUUGGAUUUGUGAUUGAAGGAGUAAUAACGUGUCGAGUUUUGUUUGGUGCGAAAAACGUUGUUACUGUUGUUGUAACGACGAAUUCACAGAAAUCAUCAUGA